AUGGCGAUGCAGCAGAUUGCUUCACUCCUCACCCUCAUCCUCCUCCUGGCUGCUGCAGAUGUCAGCCUCGCCGUCAGCACUCCAUCCACGAUCAUCAGAACAACAUGCGCCGUUCUCGACCGACCCGGCGGGUUCGGUUACGACGAGUGUGUGGACUCGCUCGCCGCUGACCCGGCGAGCGCGUCCGCUAAGGACGUACGUGAGCUCGCCGUCGUCACCACCAACCUCACCGUGGCCAACGUCACGUCGAUGCUGCUCGUCCUCGAUGACCUCGCCAAGAACCUCGGGUGGUGCCGCCGCAUCUACCGGGGCAUGAACAAGUCCCUGGAGGCCGCGCUCGGUGAGCUCCGUGCCGGGCAUCUUGAUGCAGCCUCCCACAUACUGUUCGAUGCCACCCACGCGCCCGACGACUGCGAAAUCCUCUUGUUCCAGGUGAGCGCGGGGAAGAACCCGAUAAGGAAGGAGAACAUCGACGCCGAUUGGCUGUCCGGACUGGCAUACGCCAUUGCUAGCUUGCAGUUGCCGAAUCAUCCUCCUCACCGACGUCAAGUUUGA